CAGAUUUAUAGCACGCAUAGUAAAACAACUCCUUACCAAAAAGAUUGAUUACAGGACAAACAAAUUCAGUCUUGGACCAAGACUAAGUUUUGACAUGUUCACUGAACUGCCAAUUGAGGGCGCCCUUUGAAGUGCACUUUCAUGCCAAUUUGACAUCCAUACAUGAAAAGUUCUAACUUCUUGUCGAUUAAAAUUUAAAUGUUGUUGUUGAUUAUAUUCGAUCCAGCUCUCAGGGGCUUAUGAAUGAAUUAUUUGUACGUCAUCCAGACAGUGAAGCUCCGGAUUUACCUCUGUCCAAUUUGACUAGAUCAGAAGAGAUAGAACCGGCCAACAUGAUGGAGGAAACGGACAUGACGGACGAGUUGCCGGUGAUGGCGGCAGCCGCUGCAAUUCGGCAGAAUAACAGGAAAACCAAGAUUAGAAACUUGGUGGCUUUCUGGUUACUUGGACUGUGCAAUAACUACGCAUAUGUGAUCAUGCUGAGUGCUGCCUAUGACAUCUUAGAAAAGAAAGAAACAGAGACAGAAAGUGAUGUGGAACCUCCAGAUACCAUGUAUAACCUGACCAACAGCACGUCCGCUGGCCGAUUCGAUUGCAACCCAAUCUCAACAGGGGCUGUUCUGUUAGCUGAUAUUCUCCCCACCUUGAUCAUUAAGUUGACAGCACCGUGGUUCGCCGACUACAUUCCAUAUGGUGUGCGAAUCGCCAUUUGCGUACUUGCUGCUGCAUCCAGUUUUCUCAUUGUCUCGUUUGUUCACGUUGUGGCCCUGAGUCUGAUGGGAGUUGUCUUUGCCAGUGUGUCUGCAGGCCUAGGUGAAUUCACAUACGUUAGUCUGAUGUCAUUUUAUGACAAGAAUGUUGUUUCGACGUGGUCAUCCGGUACUGGUGCCGCUGGUUUGAUUGGUGCGUUGUCUUAUGCAGGUCUGACCGAGAUACUGACUCCAAGGGAUUCGCUGCUUGUCAUGUUGAUCGUACCAGUUGCCAUGGUAAUCAGUUACUGGGGUAUUUUAGUCCGAGCCCCAACGUUGCAACCCCAUCGGGAUGACCAACCAGUGGAUGAAGCAAGGAGACGAUUGAUAGAAUGUGAACCCACAGAAGGCGUGGACGAUCUAGACCAAGACAUCAAGAUGGCAGCAAAGGAGCAUCUCAUGCUAAAGGAGAGGAUCUACCACAUCAAACAUCUCCUGAAGUACAUGAUUCCUCUAAUGCUGGUGUAUUUUGCUGAAUAUUUCAUCAAUCAAGGCCUGCUCGAGCUGAUUUACUUCCAAGGAGUUUGGUUGGAUCAUCAGGGACAGUACAGAUGGUUUCAAGUUCUGUACCAACUAGGUGUCUUCAUCUCCAGGUCAUCUGUGAAUUUUGUCAAGUUCAAACGACUUUGGAUCUUUUCUCUUCUACAGUGGGGUGUCCUAGUGUUGAUGUUCACUGUUGCCUACUACGCCUAUAUGCCAAGUAUUGCCAUCGUCUUUGCCAUCAUCCUGUUUGAAGGGCUUCUAGGAGGAGCGGCUUACGUCAACACCUUCUAUCAAAUCAGAGAAAAUGAGAGCCCCAAGUACAAAGAGUUUGCCAUGGGAACAACCACAGUUGCUGAAUCCAUGGGCACAUCACUGGCUGGGGCGGUAGCCUUGCCUGUCCAUAACGCACUCUGCCGGCUGUAAAUGCAAUGGCGGUGGUCUUAUCUGAAGUCUCAUUGAAUCCAGUGUCUUCCUUAUGGGUUUGCAGUCAUAUCGUAUUGUGAUGUGUAGUAUAGACCCGUGACUUCAUGACGUCCACCAUGUGCAUUUUCUAAUGGAUGCUUAUGGCUGUCGUCCACCUGGCUCCCAUAGGGAAGCGCAUAUGUAUAAACAACCAGGUCAUCAAGUCUAUGGGCUCCGUGCACAAGUACCCCGUUCUCACUGUCAAGAAAGGGUGAGUUGGGGGAGACCAUCAGAAGAGACAUUCGAGCGCAUCGCCGACGCUCUCGCAAAGAUGCUAUGGCUUUGUGCACAUUUAGAAUAUAAAAUCAGUCGUGCAUACUUUGGGCGAGACGCGCGCGUACAUGUACGCAGUACGCACAGGCGGUGUCACCGGUCUGUUUCAUCCACGGGGCUCUGUAAAGAGUUCAAAAUCGUCCUCUCUUGUGGCCCACAGAGCCCCAUAGACUAAUUCGGCGAAGAAAAGUCAUUCUUGAGGUUGAACGAGGCUUGUGCUCAGGUCGUCACCGUUUUCACAAACAGCCACAUACUAUAUAUAUUAUGUUGAUUGUGAAGAAAAGUGUUUUCGAGAUAAUCGCAAAAGAAGUUUCUCAUAUUUUAAAACUGCA